GUAAACCGGAGGUGUCUGAGUUCAGAUAACUGCUACUGGUGUGUAGUUGAUACAGCUGUGUGGUUGGUGUGUAGUUUGGCCUGGCGUGUUGGUCAGUUUGGGGCAGGAUGGGGUGCGUCAAGCAGUACCUGUGGAGGACCAGUCUCCUGUUCUUCUUGAGUGGACUCAUCCAAUGGGGUAAGAGUAUCAUCAGGUCUCCACACACCCCUCCACUCCUACCAAGGGGUGCCUUUUAGUUUGCAAAAUAAAGAAGAACAUUAAGCACAUUAAAGAACAUAGAAAUGUAAUAUGUAAAAUUUGAUACAGUCCCCUGUAUCAGUUUGCUGGGUGAAAAAAUAAUCUGCAUAUUAAAGGAACAAAAGGUUGUGCAGAUUGUCAAUUCUCUUUUACUUGUUAAAUAUCAGCAAAGUGCAAAGUGUUGAGUUGCAUUUUAGUGUCCUUUGUCAGAUGACGGGGGUGACUGUUGAAAUGGCCACAGAUCUAAAUCAGUGUUUCUAAAAGCUGCUUUCUACAUGGUUGGUCUGCUGAUGAAAUGUUAUGAAAUAGCCUUGGCAUAACAGACAAUGUCUACUGGGAAUGAGUCACAUAAUGUUUCUGCUUUCAUCAAACAGGCACUAUGAAAGCAAUUAAUUUAACACAAACCCUGACGCUGGAAGAUGAUUUCUGUCAGAUUGCAAUGUAACAGCAGUUAUUACACAUUUUGAUUUGCAGUACAAUCAAACCUCCUCUACAGCAGCUGGAGCUCUGUUCUCAAACUAUUACAGUUGAGACAUAACUUUGGAGAUAUGAAUGCAGUUUUCUUAGUUUAUUGACAAGAGGAGGACAGUGCAGACUGAAACCAUACCAAAAAAGGUCACAUUUGAAGCCAGAUAUACUUGACUUUAAGUUUGUCUGAGAAUAUCGUCUUCCUCUUUUUUCUUAUGUUCUCCAACUAGGCGGGGCUAAGGUGCUUGUUGAGGUGCAGUCUGGCCCUCUGUAUCGUGUGACUGGCUACCCUUUCUCCAUGUCCUGCAACGUGAGUGGUUUCUCUAACCCGGCAGCCCAGCAGGACUUCAGAUUCUCCAUCUACAAGCCAAACAGACCCACCCUUGAAAUCCAGAUCAUCAGCACAGACGACAACAACUAUGCCAUGGCGGUGUACGGCGGCCGUGUCAGGGGGGGUGGUAUCACUCUGGAGCGCCUGUCAGCGACCUCGGUCCUCUUCCACGUGAAGAGUCUGGAGGAGGGGGACGAGGGCGAGUACGAGUGCCACACCCCAAACUCAGAAGCUGUAUAUCACGGGACGUACAAUGCUAAAGCCACAUUGAAGGGUAAUGUUAUUUUUCACUUAUUGCCUAAAUGAAAAUACUUUCUGUGUCUGCCAUAUCUGUAUAAUUCACAAACCAUUACUUAACUAACUCUGGUUACUUGAACUUAAUCUGUCAAUCACAUUAACCCCUCCCUACUGUAGUGUUGAAAUCCAUCCCUCAAAUCCUGUUUCAUAGUGAUCGAGGACACCCUGACCACCUCCUCCACUGGCCCCGCCUCCUUCACCCUAUCAGAGGGUGACGCCCUAACCCUGCAAUGCCUCGCCUCCAGCAACACCUUCCAGCACACCCACCUGUCUGUCACCUGGUAUCUCCAUGGAGACGGGGAGGCCUCGCCCCGCCCCAUCAUCUCUCUGGACCGUGAUUUGACGGUGAGUCUGGGUCAGGGGUUUGAGGGACGGUACCAGGCAGGGCUCAUUGGUCUGGACAAGCUGGAGCAGGCCACAUACAGGCUGAAGAUGGCCAGGAUCGAGCUGUCCGACACAGGGAGGAUCUACUGCCAGGCCCAGGAGUGGAUCCAAGACCCAGACCGGAGCUGGUACCCAAUCGCCCAUAAAGACGCACAGGCAACCACAUUGGAGGUCAAAGCCAUAGGUGAGAAACACCUCAAUGUGUCUUUUGCCUCCCAGCCUUAGCCUUGGACCAGAUUGUGUUUACACAUCCAUGCAAUGUUUUUGUAUUUGUGCUUGGCUAAGAGGAAUUAUGGGUUAAGAGGACAUAUACAUGUAUGCCCAGUCCCGCUUUUGUCUGAUUUCCUGUAACUAAAUGCUGAUUUAGGGUUUCCUGUGUCUCAGAGGUGAUUAUGAGUGAUGGGUUUCCUGUCUGUCUGAGAAGUGGUUGUGAGUGAAAUUAUGUCUCUCUCUGCCAGAGGGGGCUCCCGACCAGGGCUCCGGCUCUAUGGUGGUACGUAUGACCAUAUACAAAGCACAGCUCCAGGAGGGGGAGGAGCUGGCCAUGCAGUGCAUUGUGGAUGCCCAGGGCAUUGCAGGGCGUUUUUUCUCUGUGGCCUGGGUCAAGGACAACCAGGAGCUGGCCCAGAUCGGGCCAACUGGGGUCCUGUCUGUGGGGCCGGAGUACGGGGGGCGAGAGAGCGGGGGUGAGCUGAGAGCUGUGCGGACGGGGGAGAAGACACACCUGCUCACCCUGCAGCCCGUCAGAACCCAGGACCAGGGAGCGUACCACUGCAGGGCCUGGCCACAGGAGAGGGAUGGGAACGGGGUCUUCACACAGGGACCCAGGCAGGAGUCCACCACCGAGCCUAUCACCAUCACAGCUACAGGUGAGUGACCUGACACUUAGCCAAUCAGAAUCAAAGCUACAGGUGAGUAAUCUAGUAAAAAGCCAAUCAGAAUCAAAGCUACAGAUGAGUAAUCUAGUAAGAAACCAAUCCAAAUUAGAGCUACAGAUUAGUCAUCAGGCACUGAGUCAGAAUUAGAGGGCGUGUUCGAGUUGUAAGGCUACUGAAGAUGAGUACAGACAGAAGUCGACAGGAGAGAUGCAUCCACUGUAGUGGUUUUCCAACAGCAAGGCUCGGCUCAAUAUGGCAGUGUGAACAUACGUAGCUGUCAUUGCUUAUAAAGGUUUUUCUCUACAAUGUCGAAAUAACCAUGUCUCUAACCCCCAUCUCACAUACUGACAAACUGAAAUCAUAUGUGGGUACACUGUACAAUACAUUUGUAAGAGAGAGAGGUCUCAAAUAUCCAUUAAUUUGUAUAUAUCCACUGUAUACAUGAAAUCGUGACAAAGUUGGUUACAGUUUCAGUCACGUCUUUGGUAACGUUUGUGUUGGUCCAGCAAAAACACUAAUAAUUGGUUGACAGAGCCUUCCACAAUGCAGGCGAUGGCUGCAGGAUGACGUUGGUUAAGAGCAACUGCAGAAACUUGCAGUCAACUGAUCACAUGGUUUUUGUAAAGUUCAUGCAGUUGACAUGUAGGUCCACGUGGAAUACGUUUUAUCCCCAUAAUGCAACACACUUUGACUGAAAUGCUCACUGACUUGACAAAACUGAUACACUCAAAUGCACCCAAUGUAAUACGGUAGGUGUUUCAUCAGCUUCCCAAAUGGCUGCUACAUCAAACAACAACAGAACCUCAAUAUCCUCAAUAACUUUAGUUUGUGCAUUGACCUGGCUCUGACCUCUGUUAUUACACAUGUACCACAUAAACACUUCUCACAUACUCAGCACCUUCUUUUUGUCUGUUCUCAGAGAGUGGUUUGGCCGUUACCAUGGAGAACCAGAAGGUGAGCGUUGACGAAGGGGACGAGCUACAACUCGCCUGUAGUGUGAGUGGGGUCAAGGGUCAGCUCUCCGUCACCUGGCAAUACAGAUCAGGGGCGACGGGCCCCUUCAGUGAUGUCAUAAGCCUGAGCCAGGUGGGUGUGCUGGAACCGGGGACAGAGUUGGGGCAGAGAAACGUUCGUACCCUGCGUCCCACGGCAGACACAUUCACCCUGGAGCUGAGUGAGGUUACGCCCUCUGACGCAGGAGCCUAUCAGUGCACCGUCUCAGAGUGGACCACGGAAACCAAUGGCAAUACCAAGAAAACCAGCAGCCAGUCACAAUACUGCAUCGUGGAGGUCCGUCCCGUGGGUAAGAGCACUGUGAGAGAGAGAGAGCAAUAACUUUAUGGCUGACCACUGAUCUUUCACAUGUCAGAUGGAUUCGAUUGAAUCUGUUUGCAGCUGACCAUGUUCUCCUUGCCCUCACAGCCACUGGUAGCGUUGGCCCUAAAAGACCUGAUAGUUGUCAUCAGUGAUAUCUCAUCAUUGUCCUUGGCUUGCAGAGUCUCUGCUGAGGGUGGACCUGAAGAGUCGCGGUAUCGAGGUGACAGAGGGGGGUGAGGUGGAGCUGGUGUGUUGGGUUCGAGGGCCCUCUCUCCCGGUCACUGUGACGUGGAGCCUGCACCACGAGGGGGGGUCGGCCCCGGACAACAUCCUGACACUGUCGCACACCGGUGACAUCACGUGGCACGGCGACCAGAGCAACUACCAGUUGAGGGUGACCACAAGCAAGGGGGAGGUGCAUCACAUCCUCCGCAUCAUCAGAGCAAGCCGCAGGGAGGCAGGGCGCUACCAGUGUGUGAUCUCAGCGUUCCUGCAAGGGAGACACAGGAAGCCGCAGAACUCCAACCUGCUGGCUGUGUUGGUCCAGACUCCAGGUAGGUAAGGUCAAAGGUUACAGGACAACCUGGGGUUAGGGUCUCAGCCUUCAUCACACUUUCUUUAUCUCUCUAUCUUUCUCUCUCUCUCUCUCUCUCUCUCUCUCUCUCUCUCUCUCUCUCUCUCUCUCUCUCUCUCUCUCUUUCUCUCUCUCUCCCAGAGAGUGUACUUACCCUGUCCUCUAGCCCCUCCCCUCUGGAUCGGAGCAUCAACACAGUCAUACAGAUGGAAUGCUCCGUUGUCAAGGCAACUUCUAUAUCCUCCCACUUCGCUGUCACCUGGUUGGUCCAGAAGAAGGGGGUGGGGAACCAGACCGUCCUCAGCUCAGACCGCGAUGCCGUGAUAACACUAGGGGCGGGAUUAGGCACAGAACAGCGAAUCAGUAUGAGAAGACGUGAGAGGUGGAGCUUCGAACUGACCAUUCGACAAGCCCAUAGCUGGGACAGGGGGACGUACUACUGUGUGGUGGAGGAGUGGCUACAGGAUCCUCACAGCCUAUGGUACAAGCUCCUGUCCUCUUCUGCAGCUAUGGAACUCCGCCUACAAGAGACAGGUGAAUUAUCCUGAUGACAAGGCAACAAAAGUCUGCAUCGGUAGAAGGACAUUGUUUAUCAGUAGAAGGACAAUGUUUAUCAGAUCUAUAGAGUAUCUUGUUGUGCUGAUUUGCAGUUUCUCUGACUUGAGUCUCUCUCUUUCUGUCUCUCUGUCUCUCUCACUCCCAGGGAGUGACCUCAGUGUUAACAAGACAGAUCUGGAGAUGGAGGUCAGAGAGGGAAAGGGGGUGGAGCUGACCUGCACUUUGACCUCAGGUGACCCUGCCUCUCUCUACGCACUCACCUGGUUCUACAUGAGGCGUGGCUCCUCCUCCUCUCACAGGGUUCCCCUGGUGAUUCUGGGCCAUGAUGGCAUCCUGAAAUACCCAGAUUACAACCAGGGGCUCCAGGACCAGAAGGGGAGGCUGAUCUUCUCCAGGACCACUCAUGGUACCUUUCUACUGGGUCUACAGGGAGCUCGUCAGGAAGACAGUGGAGUUUACCAGUGCCAUGUGGACCAGUACAAGUACAGUCAUGAUGGCAAUUGGGAAUUUAGCGCCUCCGACCAAUCAGGCACAACCAACCUCACUGUACGACGACCAAUAGGUAUGAUGUCAUCAUUUAUGACUCCAUGAUGUCAGACUAUACAAAUACAACGGGUAUUUAUCUUACCUUCCUCUGUUCUCUCCCUCUCCAGAACUUGAGUCUGAAUUGCUGUCUGAACCAGGAUGUGCCACUGGAUUAGUUCUACACAUCUUCAUCCCUCUUGUCUGUAUCCUGGCAAUUGUCAUCAUGAUGCUGUCAAUCAAGCUGAAAGGGCGGGGCUCAGGUGGAAACAAGAAACAAGCCAACUCUCUGUGGGCGGAGGAAAACCCACUGAAGCCACGCCCAGAAGAAUGAGCACAGAGGAGAGGUGAGGAGGGAGAUGGAGAGAGGAUGAGAAGAGCUAAGGAAAUGGAAGGAGUACAUAAGAGAGGAGAAGACAUGAGGGGAGAAAAGGAGAGGAUGUGGGAUGGGGAGUUUUGAUUAGAUGGGGAAGGGGGGGGGGAAGUGAGAAGAUGUGGGAUGGGGAGGGAUGAUAAGAUGGGGAAGGGGGGGGGAAAGUGAGAGGAUGUGGGAUGGGGAGGGAUGAUAAGAUGGGGAGGUGGGGAGAAAGUGAGAGGAUGUGGGGGAGGGGGGAAGUGAGAGGAUGUGGGAUGAGGAGGGAUGAUAAGAUCGGGAAGGGGGGGAAAGUGAGAGGAUGUGGGAUGGGGAGGGAUGAUAAGAUGGGGAGGGGGGGUGAGAG